UUUGAGUCGGUCUCAAAAACCAAGUUGCCUUCCUAAACAAAACCUCCAUAGAAUGUCCUCAUUUUUUCUUCAUUCUCUUACGAUCACUCCUUUUCGUUGGAGUAAGAUUCUCCUUUCAUCUGUUUUGUACUUUUAAAUUUUCGACUGCCUUUAUAAAGUAGCGUUUUAAACCCUGAAUUUCUAGUCUACUUUUUCUUAGCAUCUCGUAGUAGGUAAUUUUUUCUGCGAUGAGCAAACUUCGACAGCAUAGUUGUUUUGCAUUCUUUUGCCUCCUCUUCAUACUCCCCACCUUAGUUUUCGGCGAGUGCACCUGUGAAAAAGAAGAAGGGGAUGGGGACCAGAACAAAACCAAAGCUCUAAGAUACAAAAUUGGGGCGAUUGCAUCCAUCCUAGUCGCUGGUGCACUCGGUGUUGGUAUCCCAAUUCUUGGGAAGACCAUUCCGGCUUUACACCCUGAUAGGAACAUAUUCUUCAUCAUCAAGGCCUUUGCAGCCGGGGUCAUAUUGGCUACUGGGUUCAUCCACGUGCUCCCGGAUGCUUUUGAGAGCUUGACGGACCCGUCUCUUAAGGAGAACCCAUGGGGGAAAUUUCCCUUCACUGGGUUUGUGGCCAUGAUGGCUGCUAUUGGGACUUUGAUGGUGGAUUCUUUUGCCACUUCUUAUUACAGCAGGUCUCACUUCAAGAACAAUAUUGAUGCAGACGAAGAGAAGGCCCAAGAGCAUGAGGGUCACGUGCAUGUUCAUACUCAUGCAACUCACGGCCAUGCUCAUGGCGCAAUUGAUACUUCACCCUCAACAGAACUUCUCAGGCACAGAGUGAUUUCACAGGUUUUGGAGUUGGGGAUUGUUGUGCAUUCUGUGAUUAUAGGAAUUUCGUUAGGUGCUUCUGAAAGUCCUAAAACAAUAAAGCCUCUUGUAGCUGCAUUGUCUUUCCAUCAAUUUUUUGAAGGCAUGGGACUCGGUGGAUGCAUAACUCAGGCAAAAUUCAAGAAUCGAGCUGUUGCAAUCAUGUCAUUGUUCUUCUCUCUUACAACUCCAGUUGGGAUUGGCAUCGGAAUUGGAAUAUCAAAUGUUUAUGACGAAAGCAGCCCGACUGCACUCAUCAUGGAAGGCGUUUUUAAUGCGGCAUCAGCUGGUAUCUUAAUCUACAUGUCCCUUGUUGAUCUGCUAGCAGCUGAUUUCAUGAACCCAAAAAUGCAGAGCAAUGGAAGGCUUCAAGCUGGAGCUAACAUAUCUCUUCUUCUCGGAGCUGGUUGCAUGUCUUUGCUGGCCAAAUGGGCUUAAACUAGUUAGUCAAUCAUGGAUGUUGUCCAUAAUUUUUUGUUUGCUUUUCCCUAUGUUUUCUUGCUUCUUCUUUCCUGAAGUUUUUUGUUCUCAAUCUCCAAAUUUGCAUCGAAUUAUUAAUUCAAACAGUGGUUAUUUCGUGUAAGAGAAUUUCUUUGCAACUCAAUGCAAGAGUGGUUAUUUGCUA